AUGUCCGCCGGAGUCUGCAACCUGCAGUUCUCCACGCAACACGAGGGUGUCACUGCCCCUCGUGCAAUUGCGCGGGUUGUCCUCACAACCGCACGGCACAACACUACCAAGGAGGAGGAAGAGGAGGAGGAGAGGCGGUUCGAGGAGAUGGGGCAGGCGGUCGCCCGUGUAGUUUUGGGAAUGGGGGCGAUUGAGGGGAGCGUUGUGGCUAGGAAGGUGGCGGGUAGGGGGAUGAGGGGGUUGAAAGGUGCCGUGGUGGAUGUGGCGAGAUGCGUGGCGGAGUCGGGCUACACCGUAGCAGCCGCCAGCGUAUCCCACGAUCCACCCACCUUCACCAUGACCCUCACCCCUACCGUCGACCUGACUACCCGCGCCCCCAAAAGGUCACGAACCCCCGCAGUGGCCACCACCACCACCACCACCAUCAAAGAGGAAGAGGAAGAAGAGGAGGAGGGAGAAGAAGAGACUCGCGCCGCAAAGCGCACCAAAACUCCCACUCCCACCAAAACCAAACUGCGUUCUGCCGCCGCCGCUACCAAGCGCAGAUCGCCGUCACCGCCACCACCACCACCACCACCAGCACCAGCACCAACACCAACCCUUGCCGCCGCCGUCACCGUCACCGCCGCAACGACGCCCAAGGAGACCGCUGCAACCACCACCGCCGAGCUCUGCGCCGCACUCGGGGUGACGCCAACCGGCCUCGCCAUCAUGCGGUCCCUCGAGACCGCACGGGAGGAAAAGCAAGCCCGGACCGCCAAGGCCAGCGCCGCCGCCGACACUGUCGCCGCCAUCGCAUGGCGCGACUUCCUCACGGGAGCCGACGUCGAGCGCGCGCGCCAGGAGUGGCUCGACCGGCUCGAGGCCGAAGAGCUCGAGACCUUCGUGUGGCUGGAGGGCCUGAAGGACGUGCAGAGGGAGGAGGCCCGCGAGCUCGAGGAGAUGCGGGACGAGCUGGAGGACCGCUGGGAUGCGGCGUGCAAGCUCCUGGAGGAUCACGAGGAUCUCAUGGAGGAGAUGGCGGAGGACGCCAAGACCCUGGGGGCUCAGGAGGCGUGGGCGAUCAUCGAGGAGAUGAACCACGCCGAACGGGCCUACCGUGAGGAGGCGGGGAGAAGAUGGAGGGAGCAAGGGUUGAGCAUUGUGGCCAAGGGGAAGAGGCCGGAGAGGGUGGAGGGUGAGGGGAAGGGGGAGAAGGCGGUGAAGGUGAAGGAGGAGGAGGAGGAGGUGAAUGAGGAGGAUGAGGAGGAUCAGGAUGAGGAAGAGGAUAGGGAUUCCGAGGAGGCUUCCGAGGAGAAAGAGGAGGAGAUCGAGUUGGCUGCCAUCGAGCCCAAGGAGGAGGGAGUCAGGGAGGAGGAGGAGGAGGAGGAGGAGGAGGAGGAGGAGGAGCAGGGCCCAAGGCCGGAAGAGGAAGAAGCAGCCCGGCCUGCGCCUGUCGGAACCGUCCAGUACGGGGACAACAAGCGUAAGUGCCGGUUCGCCGACAACCUCGACCGCGCACCCGUCACCGCCGCCGACGCCGACUACGCUUCCACAGGUAGCAACAAGCGCCAGCGCCUAUCGGGGCCUGAGCCAGCUGCCGUGGUUGCCGCUGUCACCGUCGUCCCUGUCGUGCCCGCGCCCGCUCCGCCGCCGCCGCCACCGCCGCCGCCUCCAAGCACACCGUGCUUCCCGCCCUCAACCUUCGGCAAGGUCCGCCGAACCCCGCAGUCGCCAAUUCGUCCGCUACGCAAGAGCGCUUUUGUCCCCGACUACGUCCUGGCCCGCCCCUUUGUGCGUCGAAGCUACAAAGAGGCCCGCUACGUGAGUCGGCAGAAGCGCCCCGCGAACCCGUUCGAGAGCGAGGCCGACUUCCCGCGCAGAAGGAUCCGCGACCGGGCGGCUAGGCGCGCCGCCUUCUUCGAGCGCCGUGGUGCAAGCGCGGAUUCCCAGAAUCUGUUUGCUUCUAGGCCCGCGCUCGGAGAGGAACGCCUACCGUCCAUGUGGACGCCAACUCCCGGGGGGUCGGACAGCGAGGGGGAGGUGGACGAGAUGUAUGUCCACAAGAUCAACGUGCAGAGGAGGAAGGAGGCCAGGGCUGCCGGGAAGGCGGCAGAGGUAACGCCACCAAAGGUGUUCCUGAAGAAGUAUAUGCCCCCGGGCAUUGCUGCGAUGGUCCCACCGGAGGAGGAGCGUAGGGCCACUGUCGCUGGAGCCGGGGGGAGUCGUGCAGCUGGCAGGAGGGAGAGGGAGAAGAAGCGCGCUGCUCUUUGCGGGGUGGGCGUCCCUGUGGUGUCGAGGGGAGUCUCUCGUUUCAAGACCGCCCCCGUCCGCGCUGGCGUCUUGUCCGGCUUCGUGGCGAAGAAGAAGUCGGGCAAGAGGUCCGGUAAGCUUGCGUCGUUGGGGCUUGCCUCGCUGGCUGUGGGCAUCAUGGCCAACCUCGGCAGUCUUGGUGCGCAAGGCGGUGUCUCUGGCAAAGAUGCUGUCGUGUGGCACGGGUCUGUCGGGGUUGUCCAAGGUGCUGGCGGACAGUGGGCUAUGGUCCAGCGUGAGCGUGCGGGCUGGGGUGGUUCGACGGAGGCCGCGGGGGACGUUGAGAUGGGGGGACUCGAGACCUCCGAGGAUGAGGACGCAGAUACCGCAUCCGCGACCGUCUGGGGAAAUGUGCACCCAACGAGUGGUAAGACCGCAGCUUCGGCCGAGGGCACCUCGUUCAUGGGGCUUUCCCCGCGGUCCGGCUAUUAG